AUGGACGACGGAACGUACCUGAACGGCACUGAGCGGCUGGCUUCCGGCGUCGACGGAGAGACAGUUCUUAUCCCAACGCCAACAAACUCUCCAGACGAUCCGCUGAACUGGAGUGCGCCGAGGCGAUACUGGCAUGCGUCGUUAAUUCUGCUCAUCGUCGCCUUCACCGCGGCGACCUCCAACGAUGCCGGAACUGCGGGCAAUGGAAUGAACGCGGAGCUGGGCAUCUCCUGGGAUGCCAUCAACGUCGCCGCGGGGGUCUUAUUUGUAGGAAUCGGUUAUUGCACCUUACUGCUGAGCCCUGCCCCCUUCUUAUACGGACGGCGUAUCUCGUACAUGAUAUGCUUGUUGUUUUCCAUCAUCGGCUCUGUAUGGUUGGCCCGUGUUGAGACCACCGAGGACAACAUCUGGAACCAGCUUUUCGUAGGUGCAUCGGAAUCUUGUGCCGAAGCCAUGGCCCAGCUCUCCCUGUCCGACCUUUUCUUCCAGAAUCGGCGCGGCUUUGUGCUAGGACUAUACGUCCUUGCGGUCAGUAUUGGCACCUUUCUGGGCCCGCUGGUUGCAGGUUUCAUCACCGAUAGCCCUGUCAUGGGUUGGAGAUGGGUUGGAUGGCUCGCUGCCAUCCUCUCCGGUGCCAUGUUGGUCCUCUUCUAUUUCGGACUGGAAGAAACAUCGUUUGACCGCAAGCAUAUGAUUCAAGGGCUCGAUGUGUCUUCAAAUCAUACUCAGCCCAACAAUGUCGAAGGGUCGCUUGAUGAAAAGAAAGAACCUUUGACAAACCAGCAAUCUGUAUCCCCCGAUGUUGGCAUCGAUGUCGAAUGCGGCUCAAAAAAAGGGAAGACCUAUCUCCAACGCAUCGCCCUCAUCACCCCUUCUCCAACACUGGUUGGAACAGGCUUCAAGCAAUACAUCCGCCGUCUAUGGAUUACUUUGCGCAUAUUCUCAUUCCCAGCGGUGCUCUACUCGGGACUUCAGUGGGGAGCUCAGGACGCUUGGCUCACUUUCUAUCUCACGGUAGAGGAAGAUAACUGGUACGAUGCACCAUGGUACUAUAGCGACGCCGCGGUCGGCAUCAUGAAUGUGCCAACCCUGAUAGGCGCAUGCAUUGGCUGUGUUUACGGCGGUUGGUUCUCUGAUGUCUUUGUCAGAUGGAUGGCGCGACGCAACAACAACAUAUUCGAGGCUGAGCAACGUCUCUGGCUUAUGUUCCCAGUUGCUUUGAUUGGCCCCGCAGGACUUAUGCUGUUCGGUAUUGGUUCUGACAAAGGUUGGAAUUGGCCGUGGCCAUAUGUUGGCUUAGGCUUUAUCGGCUUCGGUUGGGGAUGCGCAGGCGAUCUCAGCAUGGCCUAUCUCAUGGACGCGUAUCCAGAUAUGGUUCUUGAGGGUAUGGUGGGCGUCUCCGUCAUCAACAACACUAUCGGAUGCAUUUUCACCUUUGCAGCGGGAUAUUGGCUAGAUGCGCAGAGUCUGUCCUUGGUGUUUAUAGAAAUUGGCGUUUUGAGCUUUAUAUUCAUCAUGACCACUGCGCCGAUGAUUUACUGGGGGAAGGCAUGUCGACGAUGGACUCAGAAGCAAUAUGAGGCUUUCAUUGAGAUUCGAGACGGGCAAUUUUGA